AUGGAACAUUUAUCGAUUAAAAUAAAUGAUUUACCAGAUGAGAUUCUUAUACUUAUCUUGAAAAAAUUAUAUAAUGCCGAUGUACUCUAUUCUUUAACAGGGGUUAAUAAACGAUUUAAUACAAUUGCACAUAAUUUAACUUUUGCAAGUCAAUUAACAUUAUUCUGUGAAUUUGAUAACGUAAUCUCUCGAUUACCUGAUCCAAUGCUUGAUCGAAUUUGUUCUCAAAUUUUACCUUUGAUUCAUCAUAAAAUCAAAUCGCUUAAACUUGAAUCGACAUCUAUGGAACGUAUUCUUCUUGCUACAAAUUAUCCUAAUUUAAAUGAACUUGGUUUAUAUGGUGUUAAUGUAGAAAAAGCUUUAUCUCUCUUUACUGGUAGGAUGUCACCUCCAAUUGUUAUUUCUUCAAAUCUAUUAGAAUUACAUGUUCAUGUGGUUUGUUUCACUGAUUGCCUUCAUUUGCUUGAUGGACGUUUUAAUCAACUUCAUACAUUUCAUGUUGAUAUUAGUUUCAUUUCCUCUGACACUUUAACAAUCAAUAAUGAGGAAAAAUUACCUAAUCUAACAUGUUUUUCGUUAUGUUGUGUUAUGCAUGCACAUGAUUAUGAUCAAUUAAUUGUACCAUUACUACAUCGAAUGUUGAACUUAGAAAAACUUGAUUUACAUCUUAAUAAUGUCGUUCGUAAUAAAGGAUGAUAUCUGAUCUUUGUUUACCUGAUCCAAUCCUUAAUCGAUUUUGUUCGCAAAUUUUACCUUCGAUUCAUCAUAAAAUCAAAUCGCUUAAACUUGAAUCAACAUCUAUGGAACGUAUUCUUCUUGCUACAAAUUAUCCUAACUUAUUUGGACUUAGUUUAUAUGGUAUUGAUGUAGAAAAAGCUAUAUCUCUCUUUACUGGUAGGUCAUUUUACUUUGAUUAUUUUAAUUCUAAAUAAAUGAAAAGUAAAUAAAAAUUCAGUAUUAUUUGUUUCAUUAUAUUUAUAUAGUUGAGUAGAUCAUUCAGCAAUCUAAGUAUAAAUUUGUAUGCUGCAUUAUUCGUUUUAAAUAAAUUGAACAAAUCAAGAAUAUGAUUUGAUCAAUAUUAAAAAUAAUUAGUUUGUUUCUCUAGGCAUUUUUAU